AUGGUUCAAGUCUUUAACGUCGAAAUCUUUUUCGUCGUGUUCAGAGAAACACUGGAGGCGGUGAUCGUCGUCUCUGUGCUGUUGGCCUUUUUGAAACAAGGUCUGACCAACGACAAGGUCGUUUAUAAGCGAUUAGUCAAACAAGUCUGGUGGGGCGCAGUUCUUGGAGUAUUACUGUGUCUGAUUCUCGGAUGUGCCUUCAUCGGUGCAUACUACUCCCUCAACAAUGAUAUUUGGGCCAGUUCCGAGGACAUCUGGGAAGGUGUUUUCUGUAUCAUUGCCACUGUUCUGAUCUCGCUCAUGGGUAUUGCCAUGUUGAGAAUCAAUAAGAUGAAGGACAAGUGGAGAGUCAAGAUUGCUCGUGCCCUGAUUGCUGUUCCAAAGGAAAAGAAAGAUCGUUUCAAGAUUGGUUACCUUUCCAGAAAGUACGCCCUUUUCAUCUUGCCUUUCAUCACCUGUCUCAGAGAAGGUCUCGAAGCCGUUGUCUUCGUUGGUGGUGUCGGUAUUGGAACUCCAGCCUCGUCCUUCCCACUUCCUGUUAUCUGUGGCUUGAUCGCUGGAAUCAGCGUUGGUGUCAUCAUGUACUAUGGUGGUUCUGCCCUUUCCUUGCAGAUUUUCCUUUGUAUCUCCACUGCCAUUCUGUAUCUCAUUUCUGCCGGUCUCUUUUCCAGAGGUAUCUGGUACUUCGAAACCUAUAAGUACAACAAGCAGACCGGUGGUGAUGCCUCCGAGAACGGCUCUGGUCCAGGAACCUACGACAUCUCCAAGUCUGUAUGGCACGUCAACUGCUGCAACCCUGAAACCGACAACGGUUGGGAUGUGUUCAACGCUUUGUUGGGAUGGCAAAACAGUGCCACUUACGGCUCUGUUAUCUCCUACAAUGUUUACUGGAUUUUCGUGAUGCUUACUUUGGCUUUGAUGUUGUUUGAAGAAAAGAAGGGCCACCUGCCUUUCUGCAAGAAUUUGCAAUUGAGAGAACUCAACCCAAUGUACCACAUUAAGAACAAGAAGAAGAACGAGUUGACCAAGGACCAACAGGCUGAGCUGUUUAGAAAGGUCAAGAAUGAGGGUAUCUUUGCCGAGAACUUGAAGACAGAAGAGCCAAAGGAGGAAACCAAUUAG